AGCUACAACAACCCCCGAUUCAUCUCAUCGACGUUUGCGUCGUGACUACUUUACCCUUACGCGCAAAUCUUCUGAUUGGACCAACUAACUAACGAAAAGUUGCAGGCGGCCAAGUCUGUUAUAUCUCCACGGCCGCCGCACCCAAACGCUUCCUGUCUCUUGUCACAUCCUCUUCCACCGAACAUGUCUACGACGGUCGUCCUCGGCGCCCAAUGGGGCGACGAAGGCAAAGGCAAGCUCGCCGACAUCCUCGCCAACGAAUCGCAACUCUGCUGCCGCGCUCAGGGCGGUAACAACGCCGGACACACCAUCGUCGCCAAUGGUGUCACAUACGACUUCCACAUCCUUCCCUCCGGCCUCGUCAACCCGAACUGCAUCAACGUCGUCGGUAGCGGUUGCGUUGUUCACGUGCCCAGCUUCUUCAAGGAGUUGGAGGCUUUGGACAAGCACGGCCUGGACACCAAGGACAGGAUAUACAUCUCUGAUAGAGCACACGUCGUCUUCGAUGUCCAUCAAUUGGUGGACGGCCUUGAGGAAGUGGAGCUUGGUGGAGGAAACAUUGGUACCACUAGGAAGGGUAUUGGCCCAGCAUACAGCUCCAAGAUGACCAGGAGCGGUCUCCGCAUGUGCGACCUGUUCGACGAGGAGGUCUUCGAGAAGAAGCUUCGCCGUGUCGCAGCUGGCUACCAGAAGCGCUUUGGUGACCUGCUGAAGUACGAUGUCGAGGAGGAGAUCGCAAAAUACAAGGAACUCCGCCCGAAGAUUGCUCCUUAUGUCGUCGAUCAGGUGCCCCUUCUGCAGUCAGCGAAGGAGAAGAACGCAAAGAUCCUCGUUGAGGGUGCAAACGCUCUCAUGCUGGACAUUGACUACGGCACAUAUCCUUUCGUUACGUCCUCUAACACAGGCCUUGGUGGUGUCAUCACUGGUCUUACUCUGGGCUGGCGCUCAAUCAAGGAUGUCAUUGGUGUUGUCAAGGCAUACACUACCCGUGUCGGAUCUGGCCCCUUCCCCACCGAGCAACUGAACGAAGUCGGUGAGAGACUCCAACAGAUCGGCCACGAAGUCGGUGUCACAACUGGUCGCAAGCGUCGCUGCGGUUGGCUCGAUCUCGUUGUCCUCAAGCACUCCCACGCUUGCAACGACUACACCUCUCUCAACCUUACCAAGCUGGAUGUGCUUGAUGACUUUGAUGAGCUCAAGAUCGCGACAUCAUACUCGCACAAGGGUCAGAAGCUUGACGGCUUCCCAUCGAACCCUGAUGUACUGGCUGAGGUAGAGGUUCACUACGAGACUUUGCCUGGAUGGAAGAAGCCUACUACUGGCGCAAAGAGCUACUACGACCUGCCCAGCAAUGCGAGGUCGUACAUCGAGUACAUUGAAAAGUUCAUCGGUGUUAAGGUAAAGUGGGUUGGUGUUGGACCUGCGCGUGAUCACAUGGUCGUCCGAUCGUGAUCCGCGAGAUGGGACCACAGGCGGCAAGCCUUUCUCAAUUUCCUUCUGUUUCCAUACAUGCGCAUUUGCCAAAACCAACCCAGCGGUUCUGGUUUGGACAAGAAAAGCCUGAAGGUGUUCAUUCUGGAGAGCUUCGGGUAUUAUAGACGUACAUACAAAUACAUUUGUGCAUUCAUCACACUUA